GUAUUUUUAGCGCGUCAGUUUGAGUUUAUGAGCUACAUAUUCUAUUUCUCUUAUAGAGAUGACGGAUGAUCCGCUUGUCCUCGUGUUUAAAGCCUUAGACACAGAAAAUAAGGGAUAUAUUACAGUAGAACAGUUUGUUACAACCUUCAAAGAAUUCUACAACUCCAGCGGAGCACAUGGGGAACGACGAUCAUCGUUCUCAUCCAAUGAAAUAAUGAAAGUUGUACAGGCUUUAGAUCCAGAAAAUGAUGGAGUUAUCCAUUUUGAAGACUUUAAGAAGGCUUUCGAGGGGAAUAUUUCUCUUGAUGAGGAACAAAACUCAAAGCAUUCGAAUAAUCUGGCCAGGACUUUAGACGGCCAAAGCACGUCAGUGAGAUCAAGUUUUCUUUCAGACGGAUUGGAAAAUAAGACUGAUGACAGUGGUGUGCAUAUGCAGGAUCCAACUUUAUUCGACAUAGACACUGACUCUGCCUUAAGCGGCGAUGGACCACAUAACACCCGUUUACAACGAGGUGAAAUUAGAAGCAGUUGGCCAAAGCAUAGGUACAGCUUGGGCUAUUUUGCAAAUCCCUUGCUAAGUCUACAUCACGGUCCAGAUUCCCCAGCUAGUGCUUCACAAUCUGAUAUAUUAAUGGGUGAUAUGGAGAGUAAUUUUGAAUUGAUUCGAGAUCAGAUGCGACGAAUGGAGGAACGGGUGCAAGAUCUUAAAGUCGGUAGAAGUUCUGAAAGUGAGAGUCGCUUGGACCGACUACGGGAAGAGAAUGCUCGUUUGACCGCUCAAGUCACCGUACUAGAAGAACGUCUCAAAGAGGCUGAUGCACGAUCUAGUCGUGCACUGGAAGCUGAACGACAACAUAUGCAGUCGAUUAUGUCGCGAUCUUCUCGGGAGCAUACGCAGGAAUCGGAAAAUUUACGAGCUCGAAUCAGUACUCUUGAAAGUGAAUGUUCUGAAUUACGUCUUCAGUCUGCACGUAUCAAAGCAGACAACCAAACUUGUAUGAUUGAUCUCCGAAGGACUAAUGAACAAUUCAGUGAAUCACAAGAACAAGUUCGCAGUCUUCAAGAAGAACUAAAUUCCUUGAAAAAUAAACAUGCUAAGGAAAUGGAGAUUUUACGCAAAGAUCGUGAUCAUGCUGUACAUGUGUUAGAGGAGCUUAAUGGUUCAAUGGGAGGUAAACGACGUAGCAGGUUGGUUCAGGCUCAGGUACUAUCGCUGCUGCAGCUGCUGCUGCAACUGGUAGCUCUGAAGUCCUGGCACGCUAUCAAGAGGUUCAAGAGAUCGUUCGUCGUUUAACUGCUGAAAACAAAGCAUUACGACAACAGGUAGAAGAGGCUCAAGAAGAACUCCUCACUCAAUCUCUUCAACAAGGCAGAAGUUUAAUACGGUCAUCUGAGAAAAGUUGGGCCGAUGAAAUUGACAACUGCACUAAAGAAGAGGU